CACCAUACAAGCACUUGUCAGUCGUUGGCCGCGCUAAAAACGAUACUUUAAAUCCGAGAAAUCUGAUUUAUUACAAGGAUAAUAUCAAGAUUUACUCUGGGGUCAGACUUUCUUUUAUCAGGGACAUCAUGAUUCGUCAGGGGACAGCGCAGGAGAAACAAGGAGAUCUGAGUGAUUUGAAGGAGAAGACAACUGCAGAACUGAUUGAUUUAUUAGCCAGGCAGGAGAAGCUACUAGCAAAUAGAAAUUUCCUGAUGCGAUUACAAGACAAGGGGGAAAAAGUGGAAAACCUUGCUGAGAAAUUGAGAUUACUGAUAAAGGAGCGUGAGGAGGUGGACAAAGCUGCAAGACUCUUUGAAAAAAUGGACACUGGUCAAGAGGAUUCAACCAUAACUCAUGUGACAGAGAGGACGGUAAUCGACCAAUCUAAAACCAGUGUAACAGGGACGGUUAAGAAAAGUAAUGUCUCUGAUGCAAGCGUCGUAAAGCGAGAAAAUAGAGACAAAUUCAAACCGAACAAGGACUUGAAGUCGACUGCAAUACCCGAUAGUUUGCCACGACCUUCUAUAGAGCCUUCUCCAUUGAGAGGUCAGGGAUCACAUGAAAGGUCGUCAAUGGAUGAGAGGGAUGCUGACCUGUCAUCAGCGAAGAUCCCACCACUGAAAAGCCAAGAAACCCAGGUUGUAGAAUUCAGCGAGUCUGCCAAAUUACUUGAGGAACAAAAGAAACAUGCAGAGGCUUUAGUUGCCAAGCAAGCGGCUGAGAGAUUGACAGAAAGGCUCCAUAUCCAGAUGGGUGAUUUCAUCCCUGAAGUUCAACAUGGAAGUUACCGAGGCGGUGAAAUUGAUAGUGAUGAUGAGGAAUCAGAAGAAGGAUCAGAUGAGGAAGGAUCGGACGAUGGAGGGGAGGGUGAUGGUGAUUGAGGGCGCUUUGUUCUUAACAAGAGGCAUCAAUUUCAGUCUGUGGUGCUCUAUCAGGCAAUGGAAGUAAUAGAAGCUUUACCUCACGGCUUGGAGGAGGCUUACACUGCUGAUAAAAGACAAUACUACUUCAAUCAUGUCACUUAGUGUACAACAUGGAUACACACUCUUUCUGAUGCUAACCGUCUUCCAAGCAUAAAUGAGAGAUAGUCUACCUGAGACAAGGAUGUGUUACCAAUCUUGAAUCUUCAUCUAGAUGGAUAUCUGGUGUCAUCACCUGUUGGUAUCUACAUAGAUAUGUAUAAUCCACCUGUAUAGAAAGACCAGCUUCUCAGAAAGACCAAUUGUUAUAUCCUUUGAAACUCAGAAGAAUGGAACCUGUUCAUGAAUACAGUACCUCCUUUUCUUAUCCGUAGAUGACUACCAGGUACUGGCACUUUAGCACCAGUUAUUGUAAACACUUCAAUUUUGGUGUUCCUCUUAUCUAAUUAUUACGAGAUAAUCAAAUUGAAUUUGAAAAUCAAAUUGAAUGAACCAAUUGUCAGUUUAAAAGUUUAUGUACAUUUGCUACUCUUGAACCAAGUUAGGAA